AGUUGGAGCAUCCUCGCUGGGCACCCUGCUGUCUGCUGGUGAAUCUCGGGCUGCUACUGUGUCUGUGGUAAAUGGGUAUAAAGACAUCCGGGAUUAACUGGAAUGAGCCUUCUGCCUGGUCAGAGAAGCUGACUUCUCAGCUGGUGAGACUUAAAGCCUGAUGAUCAUGGUAUGGUGACACUUACGUUGGGGUAGUGCCUGUGCUCUGAGCAGUGAGGUAAAUGCAGGUGUUGCCAAUACAGCUGGACUUCUCCGUAGCAGAGCUUCUACCCCUCUAAUAAGAUGAGGCUGGUUACUUGAGCCCUUUUUAGGGAAGCAUGCUAAUCCACUGGCAAAGUAGGAUUAACUUUUUUCUUUUUUUUUUUUUUUUUUGGGGGGGGGGGGGGGGGCAGGAGGAGGAAUUGUUUUAACCUUCCCUUAAUUAAAGUAGCUUGCCUUAAAAUGCUACAUUUUUGCCUUAGAAGUCUUCUGUAACUUCCAUAAAUAAAAUCUGAGAGCAUGCCCAUUGUAUGCUAAGGGAUGUGUGUAAGUAUGCUUAGGGACAGGAACACCUGUGUAGAUAGGCAAAAUAGAGAUGUGGAUUCAAUUAGAGAAAAGUAAUCAUGAAGCUAUGUAUUCUAGCUGGCUGUGAAGACUUACCAGGCACUGGUAGAUUGAAAAUAUGUCUUUGUGUCUGGUAGUGACCUGUUGAGCAGUUAUAACGCUAGCAGGUCUUCAGAUCAGCUUCCGUUAGAACCUCCCAGGAGGUGGGUGAGGCAGUAGGUGACUAACUGGAGAGGCAAAUCGGAAUCCAAAGAAAAUCUCUUCAGCUGAGAAGGGGAUUGUCUGAGGGAGUUAUGCACCAUGUCAGUUCAAAGAAUCACUGCAGUUCCAUCCAACAGAAUGGUUCUUGAGGCAUAAUCAGGUUUCCAAAAUUCUCUGAAUGGCCUGAGGAUGUGGUCAAGUCUAAAGCAGAAAUUUCUAUUAAUAGUAACUCACUAGAGUCUGCAUUUGGAGGAGAACCAAGUGGUAGAAAUAGUAAGGAGGAUGAGAGUGCUAAAUGAAUGUCAGGUGAACCAUCAGAACAGAAGUUUAACUAGCAAACCUCUUGACUUGGAGUAUACAAAGGCUCAGGGUAAAGUGGAGUGAAUUCGAGGUGCUCCAAGUCUUAAAUGAAGGGAUGGUUCUGCUGAGGGGAAUCUAACAGAUCUUGUGUGCCUGUCACUACAGACAGGGGACUGGGAGGAUGAUGAGCAUGACUCUGAUAGUCCUGUGACUUAGGAUGCUUCUCAUCUCUUGUGCUCUUACAACAAACAAAGGUGUUGUCUGAGCACCACAGCUUGUGCCCAGCACAAUCAGUUGGAAGGAUGGGCCAAAUGACAACAGUUUCAUUUUGUGAAGGUAGAGAUGAUACUCCAUUCUAACAUGUACCUUCUCCUAAGCACCUCUAUACAUCUGCAGUAUGCAGCCCACUUUCUCACUGAGAAGAGUAUUGCUUGUCAAAGUGCCUGCAUCACUCUGUUAUUGGACACUGCAGACCAGUAGCCACUAUGUAUAUUCUUAUGGCUUAAGGCCUUUACUUCACAAGCAGAUAUGGAAAGAAGCACUCUAAAUAGGCAAUUAUAAUAUAUGUGAAGGGUGGCAAAAAGAGCUCCUAGGUUUCUGUCUCUGUGGGAAAGCAAAUAAAUGUACUUAGUGUCAAGGAAGGGGGAAUCAAGGGCUAGUGUCUGGACAGGAUGUUUAGAAUAAAAACCAUAGCUUGAGAUACGAGGUAAAUGGAAGUGCAUUAUAUACUGUAGUCAUUGAGUAUUGUUGCCAAACAUACAGAUUUUUCUCUCCUAUUGAUGCUCUUCUCUCCUGGUGAACUUUAUACUUCUAGGAUAUUUGUGUGACCUGCUGGGUUAACCUGGUUCUUGGGAAUGUUUGUGGACUUUAUCCAGCAAGACUAGCAAUAUGUGAGCACUACAGAAGCAUGAAUUUGCUUGGACAAUGAAGCAAUAAAUUCCACAUCCAGAGAAAGCCAGCUUGUUCUGGAAACAGUAAGGAUGGUGCAGAUCCUGCUUGCUGGCUAGAUUCUGUCAAAUGAAAUGAUGAAGAGAGAGCAUGAAGGUUGUUUGGUAUAUCCAGUGAGUCUCAACAAGUAGUACUGACAGAAGACUGAGUGGUAUGCACUGCAGGUACAUGGCCUAAGACUCCUUAUCUGUGAGUAGGCAGGUGAUGCUUUCCUGAGCAGUAGCUAGAACAGACAACUGAACUCUAGCUCAGAAGCCACUGAUUUGUGAGGCUUCAGCACUGGAAACUGGAGAGAGUGGUGUAGAGGAGUGCAAAGCAUGCUGUUUUUCUGGAAGACUGAUAUGAAGAAACUUCUUGUGGAUAAUCUAAUAAUAAGCCUGUGUUACCAACUGAAUAGCUCUCUAUCAAGAAAGAGCAUACUGGGAUAUCUAUCAAUCUCUUUCUAAAAGAAGAAUCUGGAGUUCAGAUGCUGGUACUAAGAGUGGAGUGGUCUCCUAAUAUAGGAAACGAACUAGUAGGUUGGAAUGCUAAAUGCUGAACAGAGGUUGGAAAGGCUGUUACCAAGACUUGAUGUGAUAUGCUGCAUUAUUCCUGGAACAAAUCAUAAUUUGGGAUGGACUAACUAGGUGUCUGGACACUACCUUUGGACACUGAAGCUUCUGGCUGAGGAAUAACUCUACCAAACAGACUAUGACAGUGCUAGUCCCCUUCAGCUUGAGAUGAAGCCUUCAGGGAACCAGAUAGCACUAGCUCAUGAAAAGCAUUUCACAUUCUUCCUUUAAAGUAAGUAGAGGGCAAUAGUUGCUAACUUAUAUCUUUCCAAGUUGUUAGUCAGGUACAUCUUGUUUAAACUGGUCAUGAAUUCUCCUGAGCCCUCUGUUCUAAAUACAGCAACAGCUGUAUUUAUUCCCAUGACGAGUAGAUGAAAAAUCAAAAUUGGGCUACUGUGGUAGCUGGGUUGAGAAGUAACUAAUUAUCUCAUUAGAAAUUGUGUGCUCAAAAGCGUGAUAUAAUGGCAAAAAGUACUGGUGCAAUUGCACUGCUUGAACUGAACAGGUUGUUCAGUUCAGCUGCUAACUUAGUGAUGUUCACUUGGCUGUGACUCCAGUGAUUCAAGUGUGCAGAAAAUGCUUUUGGGAACUUAGUUUGAAUUUCUAUGUUCUUGCUAAAACCCAAACAGCUCAGAGGAGACUGAUGCACUGAUACGAUGAGAACAGACUGUUCUGUUCAACUGAUGAUACAGCAGUUGGCAAACUGACUGAAAUGGUAAGAUGUCUGGGUCAUGUCACAGGCAUGAUCCUGCACCAGCAAUGCUGCAUGCCAACAUCUGUAGCUGACAUGACUGAUUAGAGUACUAAGAUCUUUAUCUACUUUGCAGUUGGUACUAGGGGAAGGGAGCAGCAUGAAGGAGGUAUUCCCUGAUGUGUCCAUUACCAUACUUCUAUGCCACUAAGUAGAUGAAUGCCACCCUUCUCUGUUUCUCAUUACUGGUUGUGUAUGAUCAAGACAGCUGGACUAUGUGCUGUAUCCUGCAAUACGUAAGUACAGUUGUAGCUUAUUCCAAAAGGGUAUUCCUGUUGGCAGAGAAAGCCCUUGGCAUAAGGCUGCCUUAAUACCUCAGCAAAGUAUUGAUCCAUCUCUUGGAUGAGAGCAUGGAAUGUCAAACAAGGCAUAAAGCAAGUUGGAUGAAAGAAGCUCUCUAAAGUAAAACCCUGUUCAUCUGGACAUAUUCUGGCCAACAGGCCAAGUGUCUGCAUUAACUCAGGCCAUGAUACCAAGCAAAUGAUCUCUUAACCACAAAUCAUGUUUCUCAGUAUCUAUGGCCUAAACAGAACAGUUAAACAGGCUUUUUGAAUUUAGGCUGAGAACACUUGUCUAGGUUUCCCUGCUAUCAAGGAAUCACAGGAGAAACUGAGUGGUGGGGACAUCACUAAUUUAGACCUUACUGAUUAAGGGAAUGACAGACAGCCUCACUUACCAGGCAAGGUAUGUUCAACAUCCUUUUCAGCUGUCUCUUACAAGACUAACCACAGGGGCUUGGGUUAGACUCAGCAGUAUAGGAGCCUGUAUUUGGUCAUCUUUCUGGCAAAUGAUGCUGCUCUUGAUUCCAGACAUGGCAUAAACUGGAGGGGAACAAUUCCCAAGCUGCCUGUGAACUCUUCCACCACUUGUCUUCAAGCAGUCUAUUUCCUCAGUCUGGAAAACUGAAGUCUUGAAUUCACUCAGGUGGACUGCUUGUUUACCAGCCUUCUGAAAACAGCUCUUCUGUCAAGAACUUGAUGGCUAGCGAUAUUUCUAAGGAUACGUUGUGUGGGUCCUUAUACAACCUCCUAAUCAGAAGGACUUGACUAACUCUUCAAGAAGCAAGCACAGCUGACGACCAUCUCAUCAUGUCUACUGAAGCUGAAGCUACUACUAUCAACAGCCAGCCUGAGCAACAACCUCUACCAAAAGCACAACCUUCAAAGAAGGAAAAAAAGAAAGGGCCAGAAAAGACAGAUGAAUCUCUCUUGGCCAGAUUCAAAGGUGAUGGUGUAAGAUACAAAGCUAAACUGAUUGGCAUUGAUGAUGUCCCGGAGGCAAGAGGAGACAAAAUGAGUCAGGAUUCAAUGAUGAAGCUGAAGGGAAUGGCAGUGGCAGCCCGUUCCCAGGGUCAACACAAACAGAAGAUCUGGGUGAACAUCUCCCUCUCUGGUAUCAAGAUAAUAGAUGAGAAAACUGGGGUCAUAGAGCAUGAGCAUCCAGUAAACAAGAUCUCCUUUAUUGCUCGUGAUGUAACAGACAAUCGUGCCUUUGGCUAUAUUUGUGGAGGAGAAGGCCAGCACCAAUUUUUUGCCAUAAAAACAGCACAACAGGCUGAGCCUCUAGUCGUUGAUCUUAAGGACCUCUUCCAACUAAUAUACAAUAUGAAGAAGAAGGAAGAAGACAAGAAACAGAGUGAAGAAGCAAGUAUGACUGAGAAUGGUAGCGAAGCACUACCUGCUGAUCAAGCUGACAAAAUGAAACUGGGAGUUGACCAGAUGGACUUGUUUGGGGAUAUGUCAACACCUCCCGAUAUGAGCAGUCCCACAGAAGCUAAAGAGAUUCUGUUAGUGGAUCUAAAUUCUGAAAUUGAGACCAAACAGACUUUUGUAAAAGACGAUCUCUUCUUGAAUGGCAUCACAGCCUCUCUUCCACAACCAAAGCCACAGCCACCCUUCUUGCCUGAGAGUUCUUUCUCUACCAAUCUCAGCUUCUUUCCCACGCCUAAUCCAGACCCUUUCAGUGAUGAUCCUUUCACACAGACAGACCAAUCUGCACUGCCUUCAUUUGAUUCUCUAAAAUCUGCUGAUCAGAAGAAGGAAAGUCUGAGUACCUUAACACCAGUGGGUAAUGGUGCUUCAAAUGGUGAUAUUGACUACUUUGGUAAAGAGUUUGACCAGAUUUCUAACAGAUCUGGCAAACGAGAAGCACUAACAACCCAGUGGCCACUUGAGAGUAAGUCACCUGCAGCAAGAACUUCAAAUGGGGUACCAGAGAGAGAACGGAACGGCUUUGUUAAAGCCCCGUCAAACCUGUUUGCGGAAGGUUCUUCCAAAGGAGUAUCUCUGCAGAAUGGAAUAAAGCUGGAUUCUGAAAGCACUAUCCAGCUCAUGUCACAUGAGUCUAUAACAAUUAGCCCACCGCCACAAAGUACCAAGCCAGGAAGAGGAAGGAGGUCUAUCAAGACUGCAUCGAAUGACUUAUUUAGCUCAAACCUCUUUGUGCCGAUUACGGAGAGCCUUAGCUUGACCUCAGUGGCACAAACAGGACCUGUGCCAACUAGUCCACUGGACCUCUUCAAAACCAGUUCUACCACAGCACCUCCAUUGGCUGGUCUAGGUGGCUUGCCAGUAACUUCAUCACCAUGGAGUGCACAGACACCUGCCUUCACUCAGGCUGCAUCAGUCUUCCCUGGGUCUAUGAUGCCUGCUCAGCCUACAGGAUUUACUCAGUCACUUGCCUUUGGUACUCAAGCAGUGCCAAGCUGGAGUCAGCCUGCAUCUUUUGGUCCUGCAGCCUCUCAGCCCUCUGGUCUCUGGGCACAGGCAGCACAAGUUCCAUCCAGUUCAUGGGCACAGUCAUCCAGUGCUGUAAACCCCUUCCAGAGUAGUGUGUUCCCAUCUUCAACUCUACCUGCUCAGAUACCAUCUGUCCUGCCUUCCAUGUCAACAACAACUAGUCCACCUCAGCCACCACCUAGAACUGCACCUCAGAGGGAGCUAUCCAAGAAAGAGAGUGAUGCUUUUAUUGCUCUGGAUCCGCUUGGUGAUAAAGAGAUGAAAGAUGUCAAGGAAAUGUUUAAAGACUUCCAGCUGACAAAGCCACCUGCAGUACCAGCAAGGAGAGGAGAGCAGCAAAGCCUUUCAGGUGCUUCUGGAGCUUUCAGCAAUUAUUUUGGUAGUAAAGUAGGCAUUCCUCAAGCUAGUACAGAUCAUGAUGACAUGGAAGCUAGCAAGCUGUCUGCCAAAAUGACUGAACCACCAAAGCCUGUUCCCCGACAAAGUGUGCUGCCAGCUGAUGGCCUGUUUGAAAGUCAAGCUAAACCAGACCUUUUCAGUGCCUCAUCUGAAUCUCAGAAACCACCUUCUGGUCCUUUUGGUGAUCCUUUUGGUAACCCAUUUGCAUAGAUCAGGCAUAACCAGAAAAGGAAAAACGGAAUAACUGGACCUCUUCUCAACAUGAUUUUUCUACUCGUUUCACUUUGCUGUCUGCCACUCUUGCUGCCGUUCCAUGAUGUCUGUAAUCUAAAACGUGUCCAAGUGGAUUGAAACACGAACCCUCAAAGAACAUGCUGUGAAGAUGAUAAUUCAGGGCAAAGCAAAUGGAAAGUUGGACUCAUGCUGGAGACCCACAUUCAAAUUGGCGGAUGUUAACUUUACUUUAGUUCUUUGCAAUCUUCCCCAAAAGAGCUUAGCAACACGAAGUCAUGUGUCUUGUAAACAUGGUCAUCACAAUUCCUCUUUCUGUAGCACUUACUGUCCUAAAAUAUUGGAACUGAAUGUACCUGGGAAAGAAGUGUUGCUUUCAUGUAAGGGAAUUGAAUUAGUAGUUAAAACUCCACACCUUAAACAACUAGGUCAAUUGCCUGUUACCACAACAGCAGCCAGUUGUAAAGUUAAGUGGAUGCUACUCAGUUCUAAUUGGUGACUGGACAUAUGACUUGGUCUCUGAGCCACAAAGAUGUAAACUGUAUGGUGGGGGGGAAAUUCCAAUACUUGCAUAUUUAACUAAUAGUAAAAUUAUCAUUCUGCCAUAAAUGUGUAAUAAAGGGACUAACUCUGGCAUCUGUAAUAAAACUGCUAGGGUCCUGAGCACUAGGGGUCUACACUGUAGGGUCGGAUAAGCUGAAACACUUACUGCAGAAUGCUGAGGUAGUCACAGACACUAACUGUUGUCUUGGUGCUAAUAUAACUUUUUCUUUCAGGGAGGGAAAUCUACUAGGAUUACACUUUUAAGGUGGCUUGGCAGACAAGUGGAACAAGCAGAGAGGCCUCUUGCAUAUAUCUUGGUGAAUGUCCCUGAUGUUACCCAGUUUGAGUUGUCACAUGGUGUAGUGUGGCACAUUUCCAGUAUGUUAGAAAGCAAAAAGACAAUCAUGGCUUCACUCCAUGCCUAGAUUCCUUGUGAACAGAUGGACCACCUCUGUGCCAUUAACGUGAGGUAGUUCUCAAUCUCUUGAAAACUGUGCCUUUUCUAAAGAACCUCUUUACUAACAGAUCUCUAAAUCAGUUGGUUAUAACUGACUGUAACAGCUACAUUCUUGGCCAGUGGUGAUGGUUGAUGUGCCCAGAGGUUUUUCUGUUAAUGCUAAGUGUAAACUUGAAAUAGUAUUGUUAAAUCAGAUGCCUAAGCAGUUGCUGAACUGGAGAGCUAAGAAAGUCAACUUGAAUACAGCCUUAGUAUCCAAUUCAGCCAGUCAUGCAAUUAAUCUUGUAUAUAAACCUCUCUUGCACUUUCUGUAAUGCAAAAAAUGCUAUGAAUUUAAGUAUUAUUUGUCUCAAACUGGAAAUGUAGAAAUUUAUGGAUGUUACACUGUUACAUAAAACUGUAGUAUCCCAAGUAAUGUUACCUAAUGACAUUAAAAAGAAGCAACUCUUCAUACCAAACAAAUGUCUGUUGAUUCUGUCCUCUGUAACUCAGACUUCUGGUCUAGUUGAUACUAGGAGUUCAGAGCCUGUUAAGAAUUGUUUCUCAUGGGUUCUUACUAUAGCUGUCUGAUAGCAAGGUCUUGAGUCUUUCUGUAGCUUCUGUUGCAUCAGGCCUGUUCAACAAAUGCUGCCCCACAGUAAAAAAAAAUAACAUCCCCAGCUGACAGUAAACUGUCACUAGAAACUCAUCCCAUUAGCUGCUCAGACUGAGUUUGCAACUACUAAAGAUACUUUCUUGCUCCCUUCUGCAGGACCAUGGAAGCUAGGUACUUACAUUGCAUUGCAUUCAGAAGUUUCAUUAAAUCAACUUAUUUAUUCCAGCUUUGCAGGAGGUCUAAACUGAUGCUGGGAAAACUAAGUUAAUUAGAACACUUAGCUCAUGUCCAGAGCAAAUUUUAUAACUCCUUUAAUACAGGUGGGUGCUUGCUUGCUUAUUUUUAAUACCAUUUGAUUGGUAUGAUUAAGGGCUUGAAAACAACACAUUGGAAUGGAGUUAUCCAGCUUGAACUAUGGGCCUUAUGGUGUUUCACAGAAAAUCACUGGGGGGGUUUCCUGACCUUUGUUUUGGCUGCAUGUCAAUAUGUAAUUUGGUAUUCAAAGAUACCAUUAGAACUAAAAAAAACCAAUUUAUUGUCUUGGUCUUGAUUGAAGGA